GUGAGUGGCCACAGAGGAAAUUGGAGCAUGUUUCGCGCCCGUAAGUUCGUCGAGGUGCCGUCCAAGCGCGUGGGCACUGGGCUGCUGUCGACCGACGCCAGCAAGCGCCAGCGUCUUGAGCACUGGGACGCACUGUAUGCGCCGCGCUCGGGCAGCGAGGCCGAUGCGGAGGAGAGCGCAUCGUUGCUGGUGGAUUCGCGAAGCUGCACCAUCGUAGAAGGCGCGAGUCUGCCGCCCCAAGUACUGGAGGAAGUGCGCAAGGAAUGGCCUCAUCUGCCUAUUCAGCAGCGUCACCAGGUCCGCUGCUGCCGAGCGUCUGUACCCUCGGCGCGGCACCGCAGUGGACGUCAAUGGAUUCCGUACUUUGUCUUCCCACUACGUACCAAGGUGCUACUAUGGCAGCAGGACCGAGGCAAAGUCAUCGCUCUGCAACUGCCAGACGAGCUGGAGCCGGACGAAGAGCUGUAUCCUUUCCUAUUCGCUCUCUACAGCCAGAGUCUCAGUCUCAUGAUAGUGGGGAAGAGCGGUAUUGUGCUCUUCUGGGAGGAUAUUGAACUCCCAUAUGAGAGUGUGCCACUCAGUGUGCAGAUCCCUCUUGGGAGUAAUGAGCAAGUGACUACACACCCUAAUGCGGCCAUGUUGGCCACUCAAGAAGGAGCACAAGACGACGAGAUCCACGACGACGCUAACGGACUGAUGUGCUGGAGUAAUCAAGGCAAUGUAUGGGAAGUCGCAGUGGAGGAUCGACGGAUCCGCGUCCGAGCCUUUGAGAAGCAGAGUGCAGGAUUCCUAUCCGGCAUCACCAAGUCUGUAUCACAGUUUUUCUUCUCGUCUACUGCCUCAAGAUCUGGAGCUGAUGGAGGAGAACUGGAUGUGAAUCAGCCCAUUAAGUACUUAAGAGUGCUGUCUUCGUCCAUGGGAGAUGCAGUGUCCAUGAGUAGCAGUGGAGGGGAUGUGGACGAGACGGCAGAUAUGCUGGUACUGUUCCGAGACGGCAUGCUGGAGCGACGGACGUUCAGUACUGGAGAUGUGAUGGAUUGCUCGUGUGUUUCUCAGUGGCAUUUCGACGCUUGUCGCGUGGCUAUUAGUUACUUCAGUGACAACUUUCCAGAAGCCCAUUUGGCUAAGGUGUACAUCGUUUCGAUGCCUUACGUGCAGGAGACGUGCUUCUCAUUGCUAGUGGCGUUUGUGUGCUCUUCGUCGCGUGCUGGUACAAACGCUACGGUUAAGUAUGCGUUGUUCCAGUUCUCAUUGGGGGCUGUGGAUGAAGACACCCCACCUGAGUUGGAGUGGGCGUGUGUGCUGGACUUUGAGCCGGCGUUUAAUGAGCAGACUGCCGCGCGGUUCUUCGAGGUGGAGAGUUUUUCCAUUACCCGCGGUGCCCUGUAUCUCGUUUGGACGCAGAUGCAGCCGAUUCAGUUUUCUACGGUUCUGUUACCUCAAGCUGGACAGACCAGUGUGCGUUCAGCGGUGUUCCCGCUUCAAGGUGCUCAAGGUCGACUGGCCCUAGCGUUUGGAGCUCGCGUAGACCAGAGUUCGUUCGAUAACAACGCGGUGAAGGGAUCUGUGUCAUUUCUGUUGAUGGAAGAAGAUGUCAAGUCGCUUAGUGGGUCUGUGUGUGUAGCUACAGCGUCAGACAUGCAGAAACUGGAACGUUUGGCGCCUCCAGUUCCGUCCGAGGUAGCUGUGGAGAGGACACGCAGGCGACGGGAAGAAGCGAGCAAUUACACAAGUGAGUCGUCACAUUUCUUGGGUGAGAAUUUGAGUGUGGAGGACUACGUUCGCUUGAUUUUGACGCACUUCCACGAGCACCCGAACUCUGCUUCCGCGCUGCGUGUGAGCUCAAUAGAUGUGGCGUCUGUUGCGCAGGCUGCUGUGUCUGUAGAUUUCCAGAUUUUGGAUGCCAAGUCCUCGUCUGGACUGCGCUGGGAGAAAGAUGGCAAUAACGAAGCCCUGCCGCAGACUGAGAAGACCCAGGCUGACAUUUCCUCGGUCACACCUAAACUGGUGCGCUACCAGUUGGAAGAAAAGAGGAACCGCCACGUCGCGUUUAUGAAGUUUCUCCAACGCCGCUGUGCGUCGGUCUGGGAGUUUAUUGAAAGCACUGAUGAGCUCAAGCGUCAUUUGACUGAGAACGAAGAGAAAUUGCAAGCUGCAAUUGCGCUGAGCAAGUUCCAGGCGUCGAUUCUGUCGAGUUCUACAGAGGAUGAAGCUUCGUCUGAUGUGGAGAAGAUUCAGCGUCGUCUAACCGGGAAAUUCCUUCUCCAUGCGAUUGAAAGGACUGUGGAGAAUCGAGGUUACCAGAAGGAACAGCUUCGUCUUGCAGGCUAUAACGCCUUUGAUGUCUUCUACUGCGAAGUGAGCAAGAUUGCAGAGCUUUUCCAGCUCUUGGGUGACGAGGUGCAGACUCUAGCGACCUCUAUUGGCGAGAGUGACCCGACGUAUCUAUACGCUCUGCUAGAGAGCGGCUGUGCUAUGCUCAGUAUGUUCUGCACCCCUGUGCACAGCUCUUCUGCCAGCUUUGAGCCGACUGGAAGUUGGGCUUUCACGCGUGAAGUACGCGAAGUUGUGGCGACUCAAAUCUCACGCUUGUCUGUGCUGGCUGGAUACUCGCAAGGAUCAAACGACAAGCAGAUUCGCUGGCAAUACGACGAAGUAUUUGAGAUCACGGACCAGAUCCGGAGGCUAGGAACCGUCCUGCUUGACUGCUAUGCUCGGUUUAUCCCUCUCGUUUCAAGCGAGGAAGCAGAUGAACUGCGCAAGGAGGAGACAUUCACGAAGCGCGUAACGCUGAACCCGCUUGUAUACAUCGCGACCCAGACUCUGUCUCAAGACAGUGAUAUCGCCGCUGACUUUGACCAGGAUGGUGCUGUCACGCGGAAACGCGCGGAGCUGUUCAGCCAAUGUGUGGAGCUCUGCGAGACGUAUUCGUACUUUGAAGGAAUGGUCUUUCUGGUGUUCGUUGAAGACUCGGAGAACUUGUCCAAGCUGGAUUGUGUGCUUGGUAAAUUGCCCAAGAGUCCGGCGUCGAAGCGGUUGGAGGCGUAUUGCAAGAAGCACGAGGGCUUUGACAACUUCAUUUUCCGCUGGUACAACGGCGAAGUGCAGAACCCGUGGACUCAGGGCACUCAAGAAGCUAGCGCGACAAUGAUGGCGUAUUUGCUGGCUCACUCGCAGAUUUUUGCGCCGUCACUGCACAAGUUCAUGAAGAGCCGUGAGCAUCUGAGGCAGUACCGCUGGCUGACAGCAGUCUCCAUCGAGCGGUACGACCAGGUCGCGACUCUUGCACUCCGUGAAGCCAAGGGCGAGCAGCGGUCGUUGCCGAAGCGCAAGACGAUGACUAGUAUUGCCAAGAUCGCUGCCUUCGCCUCCCCCAGUCUAUCUCACCCUGAGAGGGUUCAGGAGAUCAACCAUGAGCUUGUCCGCGGGAAGCUUCAAGAGUUGCUGCUGCAGUUGCCGUUGAAGGAGUCUAUCAGCUCACAGCCGUUAUCACCUGAAGAACUGGCCCACGUGUGCUUAUCGUCUGCGCUUUCCGCCGACAAAGAUGACCCCAUGAGAACCAACACUUUCUUGAUGGCUCUGGAAGCGUUAGAGACGCUGGCAACAGACCCGCUGACCGAAGAGUACGAAGAGAUGCGUGCUGGUGUGUGGCGAUCUUGUAUUGUCGAUGAUGGUGAAUUGUGGGAUAACCUGGCAGCCGAGUCGGCCGCCGGUGUGAACGAAGAGAAGCUGGAGUCGAUGAUGCGUCAAACGCUACUCUACAAGGCUAUGAAGGAGUACUCUUCCCGACCGGAGCACCGUGUGCAUGGCGCUCAGACUACGGCAGCACUGACGAUCGAGGUCAUUCGAGAACUGGUACACCGUGAGGGCGACGUUGACUCGAUCGUGAGCGUCCAGAGUCAGCAGCUAUUGAUCAAGACGCUGCAUCUGGCUCUAUCGCAAGAGUAAGACACCUCGGUUGAAUAAUACAGACAUCUUGCAACGAUAGGACGGGUCUAAACACAGCCAGCGGAGAUCAUCAAAUUCAUAUGGUUGCAGCGACAAUGCUGCCUCCGAAUGAAGUCAGCGAUAAAAAACAAGAAGCUCCUAAUUACAGCGUCGAGCAGGGUGACUGAGGCGCCCUAUCCUAAUCAUCAUCCUCCGAGGAUACCGUCGGCAUCGGCGACAGUGCGAUUGUCAGCUGAAUAAAUCAGAUAAACUCAAUUAGUCGCAUAAUUCAUCACUCUAGCAGUGUACUCAAAUACUUACAACAGCCAUGGACAUGAGGAUGACACGCGACUCCAGUUCCGAGUUCUCAGCUGAGAUCACCCAGCUGAUCAACACACAACAAGUCCAGUUAAACCUUAGCAACAAAUAUCCAUCACACAGUAUCCAAACAAUUGCUCACCUGUCCGACAGGAAGAGGGUUAAUACGCCCACCGUCAGCAGCGCAAGCGUAGACUUCGAGUGUUCGUGCUCACGGUUGCGUAGGAUGGACACGACCGCAAUGAGCAGCGCUACAUUAGCAAGCGCGACCGAGAUAGCUACCAUCAUCUCGAACUCACGAGGCGUGUCACUGAUCAGCAGCAGCAGCUCCGCAGCAGCACGCCACGCCAGACCAGUGGCCACCCACUUGGCCGAAGCACGAGCAUCCUUCUGGUGGAAGAAGAGCAACAGCGCAACUACUGGGGUCAGGAAAGACAGCCAUCUCCGCCACAACUCCGUCUCAUCCGCAUCACGCGGCAGCAUCUGGCUCACCACCAAGGAGCCCACCACUGCCGCUACACUCAAGAACGACGCAAGGUAGCCGCUCUCCACCGCCUUAGCAAUCAAACCGUUCUGUGCGGGGCUAGCGUGUUCGUGGUCAUGACUGAUCGUAGCGCUGGACUCGGAAGUCGCGGUCUUCUCGUUGCUUUGCGGCUUCAACAGUACGGAUUCCUCUUCCUCCUCGUACGACAGCGUCACCGGCUUCUUGUGCUCAGUCGAAGCAGCUGGAGGUGUCAUCUCUCGCACGUGGGGGGUCAGCGCUGCAAUGGUGGAACGCAGCACCGAUUCGUCCUCCUCGUCCAGACGAGACACGAAUUGCGUCGAAGACGACGUCUCCAUUGUCUGAUUGCGAGUGGAUCGGCGUCUGGGUGUCUCUUUGACGUUUUCCUCGUUGUUGUUCUCUUUGUAACGAGGGCUCCUGCGUGACUGUGCAGUCGGAGAAGUCUUCCUGGGGCUUUCCUUGUGUUUCUUCUCCUUCUUCUCUUCCUCGUUGUUGUCCUCUGACUGCUUACGGCUCACCGAGGCGCUGCGACUGCGACUACGGGUCACUGAAGCGCUACGAGAGCGACUACGACGACUCCUGGGACGGCCAGGGCUUUUGCUUCUGCGCGGGCUGCGACCGCGUGACGUCGAGCUUCCUGACUCUUUCUUGCGUUCUGCAAAGGAAUAAAUUAAAAUUGUAAGUUUGAUAGGUAUAAAGAACGAGUAAUGAGCCACUAUAACACAACAGCGCCCACGUACGGCUUUCAAAGCUCUUGAUGAUGUCCGAGUAGCCAUCGGCCAUCAAGUCGAUACGGCUCUCCCUGAGAAAAUUAAUUAAAAAUGCGUUAGGA